GCUUGUACAAAUAAGAUAGGAAUUACACUCGGCUAGAUGUGAAUUAAUUUACUGUAAAUUAUACUAACUCCGACUCAUGUUUUAUUUAUAAUCGAUACUCGUAUGGUCUUAGAAUUGGCACUGUAAAUAGGUCGAUGAACAAAAGUAGACUGCGUCGACUCUCUGCUCUUAGAAAUCUUAGGGUCUAGUUUUAUAUCAGGUUGAGCUCCACUGAGAGCCUAAUAAACCUAUAUUUUUUAUGCAUGUAGAAAAUGAUUUCGUAAGGCGGAUUCAAAUGUAUUGUAGAUUUCUAUUUCCCAGGCAUGGUCGGUGAAUGCGUUUUAUAUUUUCACUGCGGUGCAGAUUAGAAAAUUGUUUUUCCAAUUUAAGAGAAAGUCCCGGUCAUUUCCUGGAUCUUGUUGCUUGAUCAAGACGAAUGGAAUCAAGUUCAAAAAACGCCUCAGAAUCGUCGAUUGAUAUCAACUUUCUAUUUAAUAAUGCGGUACCAGUGGUUUCAUUGAAACGCUUUGUAAAAAUGUCCCUCGUCAGAUUAUCUUCCAGAAAUGGCUUCCGAGUCUCCUGUGCAAUUUCGAGUGCAUCGACGCCUGAUAGCAGAAUUUCAUUAACAUUCCCGUUUCCUUAGUGUUCGAGUGCAUACAGGUAAAAGCUCCUGAAAUUCCAGUGUAUCCGUUUCUCCUUCAACCUACUAAAUCUUGCUCUUCUAGUUAACAUCGGCCUAUCUGGAUGCGUGUCGUUAGUUAUCGAAGGACCUGUUCGAAACGAUGGAAAGAGGCAGUUACAUUGGAAGGGAGAGAAGAUAGAAUCCCAGCAUAUUUAUGACGUUCUCCUGAUUAGCGCAUCUUUUCCUUUCCCGCUGUUUUAUGACCUUCAUAUUUUCUCUGUUCUUAAAUUAUCCGUUUUCUAUUCAGACCCGAAGUUUACUGUUCAUUUAUUUAUCUUCUUACGGUUUCUUGUAUUAACCACGUUAUUUUAUUUACUGUGUCAUAAGCUCAGUAUUUUCUUGGAUAUCAUGGGCUCACCAUUCUGUCUAAUGUUCUUCAGUCCUCUCAGUCGAUUAUGAAUUCCUCAGAUUGUUCUUUCCUCCUUUUUUCUUCGUCCUGAUUGCUCAUCUUGUCUUCCAGCUCGUUUACACCAUCUGUUUCCUCGGCUCUCUUUCUAGACGAGUUGUCUUGUUGUUUCGCGGGAGUCGGAAUACUUUUUGCUCGAUUACCUCUUCCUCGACUAUGAGUCAAAGAGGCACGUAUCCACGAGGAUGUGUGCGUGCAACGAACGCGCGUAAAGGAGAAGAACAGCCUCCGGAGAAGCUCUCCCCGAGGAGGUCGCGAGCAAGGCCACUUGGGGCGUUGCCCUCCUGAGCUGGAUCUCAGCCUGUACGGUGGUUGUCCAUGCGACGAGGACUCGUUUAGGAUCAAUCUACUGGGUGUCUAUCGCGAUAUUAUUUACAUACACUCUGUACAAUACGGCAUAAAUAGAUUAGUACUACUUUCCAUAUUCAGACACGGUUAAUCGUUAGGCUUUUUGCUGAAAUUCUCAUUGGGGGCAAGGCGUUACAAGUUGCCAUUGUUAGAGUUCAAAGUAGUUGACAUUCAAUUCAUGCGAACGUGAAAUAAAGUAGCAUUGAAUGUACCAUCGGCCAUUGUGAUCCGAAGGUCAUGAAUAACAUGUUAAGAAUAAUGAUUUGUCCGUGAAAUUAAUGCGUAUGCUAAUAAUCUAUGUAGGUGCUAUUGUUCAGGGUGCUUGACGAGCAAAUUCAUGAUACCGCAAUUGUUCUAAUACAUAACUGUUGCAUUAUUUUACAACCUCAUUACGUUACAUCAUUCUGUAAUAACACACUCGUUACCCUGAACUUGAUAAUUAAUGCUAACCUUGAAUUUUUGUACAGGUAACGCUGACAUCUCAUUGCAUCGUCAUUUAUAUCAUCGCACUUCACGCGUUAGAUCACUACAAACUUUUCGUAAGGAACUUUACGUAACUUGCGAACGUCACGUGUUCAAAAUGACCCGAGGUGAAUUUUAGUAUCCUUUUAACGGUUGCGUCGGUGCACGAAACGUGACGAGAUAUCGAAUUGACCAUAAGAACUUCGAAUUCCACGUUUAACUCGACGAAUUCACGUAACGUACCAUCGGUUUCCUUGGUGGAUUAUGUAAGACCACAUGGUCUUCGCUGUUACAAAACAUGGCGCCAAAGGAAGGUGUUCGAUUUAAGAAUUAUAUAUUCUUCUAGAAGAAAUUUUAAUUUAUGUUCUGGUAUUUAUUUUAUUCUCUGUUCACAGUUUGUCUUAGAAACACUAUGGACAAUUUAGACAAGUUACCACUGCAUACAAAGUUACUUCGUUGAUUAUAAUUGAAGAGCACACGUUGACACUUACGUAAUAUGAAGGACAAUCAUUUUAUUACCCGCCAACUCCUUUUGUGACAAACAAAAUGACUUGCGCGUGUUAAGCAUAGUCAUGUGCUAAUGCCAGAGUAAUGUACAUGGAAAAGACUGUAAUCGAGACGGUUGUUAUUUAUCGCAUUAGCAAAAAUAGCUACUAUUCUAAGUCGAUUAAAGUACGAUAGUUCUUCAGGUAAAAACUUUUCAUUCUUACGAAUCGAUACUUCAAAACUUCUAAAACUUUCACAACUUCUAGGAUUAUCGCUUUCGAAAGGACUUCAAAGCUUUGGAAAUAAUCGCACCUUUAGAACUGUCAGGAUUUUCAAGACAUCUUUUGAAACAGAAAUGAAUCACUCGCGAAGAUAAUUGCGUUAACAGCGAGCAUCAAAUUAGGGACUCGCCGUAUCCUCAAUCUGUGAAAUUGAGUUCAUCACGAAGAUCCACUAAUCUCAUUAUUUCGUCAGAGUUCCUAAAACGGAGGGCUUCGUUGGUCAUAAAAUUAUGACCCAUUUUCCUACAUACUUGCCACCGUUCACUUUCCAUCGAUGAAUCAAUCGAAUGUUGGGUGUAACAGAAACUCUCGGCAUCGUAACGAUCUCCAGAGUUUCACGACUAUCGAUUGCCUUCUCUGGACGAGGCAGAAAUCGUCGAGCGAAAUCUCCGAGCCAGCCUCCAGUGUUUCACUUGGACACGCGCCACUUUUUUCUUACCCGACGAUAUUUCCAUUCCACUUAAUUACGUUCUGCAUCGAUGGGAUCCGCGUAAAUCGAUAUCCAUUGGUAAUCGAUUCGCGGUUGCUCAGCCUUUACGGGUACGUCUGUCCACGCUAUCUUCCUGGCGAGAAGACUGCCAUCCGUUUACUGCAUUCAAUGCUUAUUUUAUAGAAGAUAAACUUCGUUGUGGCUUCACUGCAUUAAAGGACACUGGUGGUUAAUCCGAUUUCAUGGUGAAAUUGCUGGCUCGUGCAAUCAGGGUGAAUCUUUGUUUUAACCGAUAGAGUCCUUAUCUCAUCGGUUUAAUCUGAAACAUACUUCUCUGCGUUAUCGGUACGGUCGCUUUCCGACCGGUGUCCUACUUGCAAGGCCUUCUACUUCGCUAGAAACAUUCAUCUUACAAAAUACCUAUAAUUACUUUGACACUUUAUCAAGUGUAUCGAUAUAAUAGUUUUUAAUCAACAGAAAUUAUAGAGUUUCACGUUGAAUAUUCCGUCAGGAUCAUGGCUAAUGAAGCGAUAGAUAGAUAAUUGAGUUUUCCGAGCGCAAAGCACGAGAACAGAUCAGAGAAAGUUCGAUGAACAGCGAGGCUUCACCUUGAGGUCGCUGGCGUGGUUGUUUUACGGGCUGCUGAAAGUCGUCGAAUCGUCUCGGCUCUUUGGCGAGGUCAGGUUCGUGUCCUCGUCCGUCUGUCUCGCUGUCUGUCUGUCCGUCUUCGUGAAGUACUCGUUCUACAUUCGACGAGGACAUCGCCAUUUCCAUAGAACGGGCACAGAAAAAGAGCAGCAAAGGGGAUGCGAGGAGAAUACGAAAUUUCUCUCGGUCAUCGACUGCGGAAUGAAAGGAAGAUAUUUGGAAAAACAAAAUACGAGCAAGACCAAAUCGAGGAAUUUUAAGAACGGUGUAAUCUUGUCGCUGAGAUUUAUUGGUCAUCAAACGUGCGUGUUUCACGAACGAGUAAUUGAGCAGUUAAAAUUCGACAGCUGCGAUACCAUUUCCGUGAUACUUAACGUCGACAAAUUUUAAAUUAUCGCUGUCAUAUCGAAUUUUUACUCAGGAGAGACGAAUAAAACUAACGAGAUAUCGCGUGGAAUAGGUGGAUAUAAAAUCUAGUUCCGUUACGAGUCUCUUCUAAGGAAAUAAAUCGAAAAAUGGAAGAAAUGGAGAGAUUGAGUGAGUCGUUUAACGUAAAUGAUUACUCUGGCCUCGUGGAGUAUGAUGUUCAAACCUGUUGCUUUAUAUUUUGGUAUUAAUCUAUCAUGGAAGAACAGUCCGGUAGAACACGAAUGCAAUCUUAUAAUGUAAUUACAUUACUGUUUUUCCAUACCUUCCGAUGCUCUAUACGAUACGUAUGCAAGUCCGACCGGAUAUUUUGCCGACAGUUCUAUAAAGCACACGGUCGCUCGAAGGUAAAGUACGCGAACGAGAAUAGUUAUUUUUUCGCUCGGGCUACACACGCACACUGCGUACACAACAAAUGGAUCCAUUGUUUCGCUCUGUGCGAUGGAACUCGUGAGAAUCUCCGGACGAUAAAACGAUUCUCUGCGACCAGGAAAAAAAAGAAUCGCUCUAAUUUCUUUCGAGGAAGUGAAGGAUGUGACCGCAUUUUUAAAUGAAAAGGGGUUCGUUGAUGGACCUUGUACAAUAGGACAAGGAGAAAUUUUCUAUUCGUAAUGGAUGAUAAUACUCGAAAACACUUAGCUAAAUGAAUGUUAACAUUUCAGAGCUAAUUCAUGAAGUACUGAGUCGCUGCUGUUGAUGCAGGUUCGAGGAGACUCUUGACAUCAGCCUAUUAAUUAAGUUGUGGGAAAUGUUGAGGAUGUAACUGGUGCAUAUCUUGGAAGAUUACAUAAAGAAGAACAGAAGAGGAAGGGACGCGUCGUGCCAUAGCUGCGGGCCCCGGCCUUCCUAAAUUCCAACCAGCGCAUCCCGUUACUUCUCCUCCACCUGUCCGAUCGUCUUGGCCGAGAAACUAUUGACUGCUUUCCAGUCUGUUUACCGCACCAUUCGUUGCCGAGCAUUAUGAAUGGGACGAUCCGGGGAAUUGUUGACGAUAACGCGAUUUCGACGCGUAAUGACAUCGUGACACCAUAAACCUCGUGAAACAAUCGGUGUCCUUAAGUUCGUAUUCGUUUACCGAGGUUUAAUACCACUCUCCCUGUGUUAAAACACAGAGAAAACUAUGUGCAAUGUGGCACGCGAUGGUGAUGGAUUGUUGAGGACCUUAGAGUAUCGUCCCAAAGGACGUCAUAUAAUCGACAGCGUUGCGUGAAUCUCACAGUAUAGGAGUGUAGCUAAUGUGGAUGUAUUGCAAGAAUGUGGGAAGAUGACAGGUGAGAUAAGAUAAGCCUAGAUACGAGAUGGAAUGAUUACGGAAAGAUGAGAAAUGUAACCUCAUUAGAGAAACAUGAACUACACAACUAUGUGCAGAGCCUAUUAUUUUAUCGAUGUUAUCGUGUUAACCAUAGUCUCUGCACUAUGAUCUGGCACAUUCGUACGUGAAAUUAAAAAGAAUAACAAACAUGAAGGUAACUGACUAAGAACAUUCUAACGCAAACUAAAAUCUUCAUAAAAUUUCGCAUAAAGAUAAUUUUCUCGUUCCACAGAAACUAUUGGAGCAGUCGAAUCAGUAAAAGUUGAGAAGAAAGCGAGGCUCUUUAAUGCCGAAAUGAUUGCACUCCCUUUUACGACCAUCUUAAGUCCAUUUCCACCUUCAUUUACGGAACAUACUGGCUGGCAAAUGCCGCAACAGUAAUAUUACCCAGUCCCAGCCAGAAUUAUGUCAUUUUAACUGAAAUGAUCACGAAGAUACGCGCAUGCUGUGGUAUAACGUUGCACUUUACGUAACGACGAAACCAUGCCUCUCCUUUCCCGUGCAUUGUACCACCGCUUGGGUGAAAAUGAAUGGCAAUGCGUGCAUCGUGUUAUACCUGCCGAAGGCUGAGGACUCUCUGAACCCUUAUUAAGGAUUUUAAUUCGUACCACACGUGGUCCAUUACAUCUCUACUGCAGACUUGCAUUAUAUUACAAUGAGACUUAAAUCACUAUGAUUUAAUAGAUGAGAACUAUAGAUCAUGAAGCAGUGUAUGACAAAAAUAUCUUGACAGAAGAACUACUAUGACAGAAAUAUAACAGCCUACUACAUUACAAUCUGGAGUACGAUGGAGGACCUCCGUUAAAAAUGAAUAAAAACCAUUGGCAAUUGAAGAGAUUACACCGUAAUUUAUCAGAAUCUCUGAUACGAAGAGUAGUCGAUAACAGAGUUCCACAAAUCAAUCAUAUCUCGUAAAGGAAGAAUAUUGGCCACGUGUAGGUACACGUGAGCCGAGACGACGCGUCCCUAGAGCAAUUCGUGAUACAGAGUUGCCCAAUCGUUUCCCUAUGAGAGGAACGGCACGUUUUCCACCAGGUGGUUUAGGUGCGCAAGAAUGAAGCACGGUAAUGAGUUGGCAAUGCGUGCCCCAUAGAGACACCGGACCUCAGAUUAAUUCCGUUUUCUUGCGAAAUAGAACGCGAAGAACGAAAGUGUCCGGCGCUCUCCCGAGAAACACUUGCGAAAUCGCUAUUCUGCUUUUUCUAUAUCUUUUCGCUAAUUCCCCGAUGAUUCGAGGGAAAUUUCUUUUCGUAACGCUUCGCGAUUAAAUGCGCGAUAAAAAGUUUACGAGAAGAUGAAUUGAAACUUGUUUUUUCUAGCAGACAGAUAGAAAGUAAAUAUAAAGUUUAACAAUUCAGUGAACGUUGAUAGAGAAUUAAAGUGCCUCGUGCGAAAAAUUAAUACUGUCGUAAAAAGCAGCUUUACCUCUUAGUCGCGUGUUUUAUUGCUAAGGCUCAUUAUAAUUCAAGCGUUUUAUAACUGUUUCCAACUUAGAGUUCAUCUUUCUCGUUGAGAUGUUCAUUUAUUUAUUCAAUCGAACGGUGUGCCCGCUGCUUUUGCAGUAGUCAAAUCGGCCAGAGGAGCUAAAUUUCGUCGUUAGAAUGUUAAUUGAGUCGAAUGUUGGUCAUAGAAAGAUCUGACAAGAUUAGAAUUUUCGGUAGGAUAAAAUAAUGCCGCCUUCAGAUGUCAAAUAGCUAAUCAUUUUUUUUCUUUAUUAGCACGUUCCUGUUUAAAAUACAGUAUCCUAAAUAUCUUUCGUGUUCGUGAAACUUUCGAUUCAGGACGAAUUGCUUUCCGAAGUAAUUAGGUGACGGCACAGAGGUUUCAUCGGUAUUCUCGAUACAAAUGACUAAUUCUUCCUAGAAACAAUGGCACUAUUAACGAAUCUACACUUUUCAAUCACGUCUCUACGACUGUACAAGUUAUGAUGUCAAGGAGAAUCUUUUAUCGACCGUUAAGCUUUAGAUUGAUGCCAUAAGCACUGUUUUAUGGGACUUUUAUGUAACCGAACCGUGUUAGACUUCGCAUAUUUCGAAAGUAAUCAUUGUCUGCUAUAAAUGCCAAUUUACCAUUUUGUAUUAGGAAUAUUAAGUGAGUCGUUUAUAUAAACAUGUUCCUCAAACUUUAAACUUCGAACCGAUGUACCAUAAGCGCUAUUUUACGAUAGUUUUAUGUAAUCAAUUCGUGUUAGAGUGUUUCGAAAUUGGUCAUUGUCCGCUAUAAUUGACAACGAGUCAUUUUGUAUUAUGAAUGUUAAUGAAAGGGUUACGUGAUUAUUUUUGUUACACUCUAAACUUCGGAUUGACAUACCGUAACCGGCACUUUUAUGUCAUCAAAUCGUGGCAGACUUUCUACGUUUAGAAAUCAGACAUUUCAUAUUCAAUCUAAUCGAUCUCAUAAGACGAAAGCUUCAAAAUUUAUUCUGUGCCAUCUGUUCCAUUUGUCUUGCAUUACUGUAGCAAUGUGGUUAUUUUCUCUGUCGCAAGAAGAGCUGAAGUUUCUGUAUCGCAGAAAAUUGCUUUACGAUUUUCCUGUCGAUCGAAAGAAAAAAAGCUACGUACCUGUUUUUUCCAACGAGGAACAUAAAUCGUGAUUCUUCCGUGAAGAUUUCUCGCAGGAAACGCAGAAAAAGACCGAUGGUUCUUGCGCGUUACCGAACCAUCGAACCGAGAACAACGAUGAUGAUCAAGAAUUAUCCUUGCCAACGGAAUAAAGCUGUUGCUAGGAAUUUCAUGAAACGGUCGCGAUAAAAAGGACGGUAAAACGCGACAGGGUGGCUUCCCCGAAGAAUUUCGAUGAGCUGGGAAAGAACGCAUUUCCUGUUGCCGAGAAAACAUCGAAUCAACAAGCACUUUUUCAAACUUAAACGCAUUACAAUUUGCAGGUUCAAACAAUUGUGCUCUUCAUUUGUUUCUGCUCAACGAUGGAGUUUUCAACAUCUACUCCCGAGUAAACAGCAAUGAAUCAACGAGUUUCAACGGGGAGCAAGUUUUAUUGCUUUACAUACACGCGAGUGUCCAACUGGUUACAUAACCAGGGAGGAGAGACCAUCCAGAAUGAUCCUAACCGUGACCGAGGACACACCAGCAGACAUGCUGGCCGGUAGUAUGGAGCUCCUAGUCCAGUUACCUCGGGACCAUCACGUCCAGACGGAAAGGGUCACGGUACAAAGAAGUACGCCGAUGAUGGACCUCCUCGUGCAGAUCGCCACGGCUCACAAAUUGGCCGCUUCUAGCUACACCCUGCAAGCGAUAGGAGAGCGAGGCAUGGUUCUAUCUCAUCAACCCAACACGCCAAUCGGCGCUUUGGAUGCACUUCAGGUGAAGCUAUUACCAAAACAAGGCACCUUCGUGCCAAGGAAAACGAAGCAAGCUAAUCAACCUUUUGAAACAACAUUUAGGUUACAGGUACAUCUACCAAGAAACCAGCUGUACGUGUCCAGAGUCAGUCCGAAGAUGAAUUUGGGUGAGAUUCUGGACGAGGUGUGUCGCGAGAAAAAUCUGGACAAGAACAAGUAUGAGCUACGCCAUCCAGCCAACUUAGAGGAAACUCUGGACUUGUCGCUGACACUGCAAGACUAUCACCUCCAAGAAGUAACACUGUACGCGAAACAGGGAAGAUCGUUGGGUUCAGCUCUGAGUACUCAGGACAUAAUGGCUCUGCAGAGACAAGAGGAGCGGCGCAGGCAACAGGCAAAGCAGGGUGUGUUCGGUUUCGUUUUCAAGAAGUCGAAGGAGGGGUCUCUCAGUACGGAUAGCCUAGGUGGACGUAGCGCAUCACCGGCAAGAAGCGACGAAACUGGUAGAAGCACGAGUCCUCUCCAACCACCUGCUAGGCCUCAAAGAAAGCGAAGACCCGCACCAAAACCACCUAUUCAGGCGCAAGCUGAAGUUAGCAACAGCAGAGAAGAGAGUUCUGCAGAUUCCAGCAAAGACAAGGUAGUGAUCAGUCAUAGCCGUAACAGCAGCGACAGUUCUGGAUAUCAUGAAGCCUCGGUUUUAAGCGAUAACCCAGACUCUUCUGGAAGACUUCCGGAAACUUUACCUAGAAGAAAUAAAGUUCCGUUGGAAACGCCAAGAAAGCUGGCGCAAACGUCGCAAUCUAGCAAGAGCCUGAGCAACUUAGCUACUGUUCCUGGUACGCUUAGCCAUGGAAUUAGCAGUACCUCUUUAAGUUCCACAGGAUUACGAAAGAAAAGAGCAGCACCUCCUCCGCCAGUAACAAGGCCUCUGUCAUCCGCAAUCUCCACCCAAGGAUUAGAGCGCAUCGUCGACUCUGAGGAGUCUUUAACGUCAGAUAUGGAUCCUUCGAAACCUCCUUCUGACAUUAGUGCUUCCUCCAAAGCUAACUCGGACAUCGAGGAACGUCCAAAGGCAAGCUCCGACAUCGGAGUGACCACCAAAUUGUCUUCAACGGUGGACUUUUCCAAAUCAGACUCCAUAAAAGUGGACGCAGACCUGCAGUGUAGCAAGUCAGACGUCGAACCGCGUCACAGAUCAGGAUCAGUAAACGUUAAGUUAUCAAACACGAAGCCAGGAAAUCCUACACCCGUAGGAGACGCUCCUGUAGAUGCUAGAGUAUCGCGAAAAAGAGUUGGAGAACCCGUUCCACUUCCAAAGCCUAGAAAAGCACCUUCGAGGCCUGAGGUGCCGAAACGCAAGUUACCAUCACCUUUGUUAAGUAAAACCCUCAGUAGUGACUCCGGCGAAGUAGACUGCUCGUUGAACGCUGCUACACACCCCAGCACUGCAACAAAUGAUGCGAGUUCAGACGUCGUUGAUGAAAAAAACAGCAUUCAGUCUAGAAGAAACUCCGAAGAAAAGUUGGAGACUGCCUCCAAUUAUUCAUCUAGUGAGAACGAGGUAUUUUAUACACCCGGAGUGGACCAAAGUCAAGCAACCUUCGAUUACGACUCGGUAACUGUAGAAAAGAAGGAUGAAAUACAAGUAGAUAAUAAGGUGAAUGAAAAGGAGGAAGUACAGAGUAUCGAAGAAAAGAAAAAGACAGAAAAUUCUUCUACCAAGCAUCAGAAUUUAACAUUACAAAAAAGUAAACCGAAUUCUACAGCAGUAAAAGGGAGUUGUGCUGUGAUUUCAACGAUGCCAAAGUGUGAACACCUGGACACGCUGAAGGUUGACAAUGCACAGACACAGAGUAAGGAGAAGGAAGGUUUAAAGGAUCCAAAACGUACAAGAAUCUCUAGAACAGCGUCAAAGACAAAUGAUUUUGAGGUGAACACACUAGAGAGACAAAAGAGACAUUUAACUUCCCAGUUAGAGGAUAUCACGUUUGCUUUGAACUUGAAUGUGGCGUCCAAUGCUGGCUUAUUGUCUGAUCAGUCGAAAAAGCUUGAGGAAAAUGUACAGCGAUCGGAGGAUAAGCAGGACAAUAGUUUCCAGAGUGUGGGUGGAGGAAAAUCUCAUCUUGGAAUGAAUGCAUCAGAUAAUGACCUUUCAGAAACGGAUGCUUUGCUGCGAAAGGUAUCUGACACCCUCUCUAACUCCCUACCAAUUCCAUCCUCCAAGGUAACUUCGACCGAAACGAAAUCGGAAACGACAAACAUCUCCAAAGACACAAAUCAGAAGAGUAAGGAUUCCCCGGAUGCUUCGGACAACACCAAUGCUUUGAAUCUGACUGCAAGUUCCCAGCAAGACACGUCAGAUUAUGUAUCAGCCGCUGAUGAAGAUCUGUCCAUUGUUGAAUGGGAGUACCAGCUUCCCGCUCCGCCCAGUGCCUUCAGAGACAGCUCUUCUCCAGUGUUCAACAGUUUUGAUGAAGUCGUUCCACCAACUGAAACUGUCAGUGACUCUAAAAAGGAGCACGUUUCAGACAAUAGUGAUCCAAAGAACUCGUUAAAUAAACAUUCUAAGAAGGAAGAAAGCAAAGAUGACCUAAAGAAAGAAGCAAUUCGUGAAAAGUUGAUCAAACAAGGUGAAUCAAGUCUGAAGAAGGAAGUGAUCAACGAGUUGGAGAGCAAAAUAAAUUCAUUGCCUCAGACUGUAAAGGAUGUGGAUUCGAGGAGGUCAUCGAAUAAUUCCUCGGCACCGAAAGUAGCUCCUGUCGAUAACACCUUGUCGAAUUUCACCAUCACAACUUAUUCUAGACCGAAAAGUUUAAACAUAUUCGAGGAGGUGGAGCAGCAAUCACGUCAAAAAAAUUCAGACGAGAGGUUUAUUAAGUCGUUUGCGACGUUGUCUAGGAACCAGGACAAAGAUCUGACUGAUUUCAGUUCGAGAACACAGCAGGAGAAGAAGAAGGUGAACGUUGAUGAAGAGAAACAAGAACCAAAGACGCGAACAGAAACCUUGCAGAGGUGGCAAUCUAGCAAUGAAAAGAGCAACAUCCAAAGGUCGAAGAGUUACUUGUCUGUAUGUGACAAGACCAAGUUUCAAGGAAAUACUGAGGAUGAGAAUGCUAAAAACAGUACAGAUUUGGAAACGGAUGCUGGGAUGAAGAAGGCAACGAGCAUCAAUAAUCUGAAUUCAACUACAACAAAGACCAACGAAAGAUUCUCAAGGUGGAGGGAUAACAUUUUGAAGCGGCAAGAAGAACCUACCAAAGAAACUCAACUGCAAUCUGUACAGGUGCUGAAGAGCAUUUUGCCGCAGUUGAAAAAUGCUCAACAGGCGGAGGAAAAUGUGUCCAAAGAAUUGAACAGUACAGUAUUACACGAGAAAACGAGACCGGAAACUACCACAUCUAACGAAUAUUCGAUGGAACCGAAAGUAGUUUCAGCUCGUGAUCCUCUAGCAGCACCAAGUAACCAGCCAUCGAAGCCAGAACCUAAGAAGGUGACAUCAGAAUCAAAUACAAAGCGAUACUCCUAUGCAGGACCUCCUACGAUUAGUUUGGGUAGCUGGUCAGAGCGGCCAAGCGUUAACGUUCAGAUAAAAAAGGACACAGAUUAUAAAUUUGGAAUUAAUAAGACCCAGAACAAAACCGUCGUAGACAUAAACGGCAGUAAGAACGAGAUGGAUAGUUCCAAUAAUGUAGAGGAUAUCGUAAAAGCACAGAGGAAUAAAUUUGAAGCUUCAGACAGGAGGGAGCCUAACGAAUUGACUAAAAAAUUAAUCACUCAUACCACAGCGUCAGGCUUUAAGAAGCCAGUAUUAAACAAAGUCAAUGUAGAUCUAAAACCUGUAAACACCGAUAAACCUGUGGUGACAGGAGUAGAGCUGAAGAAAAGCUUUCUCGAGAACAAGCAAGAUGAUAAUGUUAUAGACACCUCGCCUGUCAACUUCAAAGAAUUAUCCAAAACGUUUGAUCAGGAUAUUUACCUUCGACCUAAACCAAAACGCUCUAGCGUGACUCGGCGCUCGGACCUGCAGCUAGACAAAGAUUCCAGUAAACAGAACGGACACGUUAAUUUUGAUCAGUCUUCUACGAAUGGUUAUCAGGAUAAUUCUAAUGUCAAAAGAUACACCACGAUCGUAGGGGUGCAACCUCAGAAUCAGGGCAACAUCGCUUUCAGAAACGCGAUUAAUGUCAAAUGCAGUCAGCAAAUGCCUGUGGUGAAAGGAUUUAAAAUUUCUAACAUAAAACUAAACGGGGCUCAAGAAAGUCAGAAUAAUUUGCCGAAAGAAAAACCCAAAGAAUUAUCGAAUAACGAUGUACCGAAACCUCCGACGAUGCCUGUAAUUACUGGCGUCACGUUGAAAAGUACGAGACCGAAGUCUAUGCCUGUCCAAAUGGACUCGCGAGACAUGUUGCUGGAAUCGAUUCGAAAUUUUGGCGGUAGAGAAAAUUUGAAGAGCGCUGCGGAAAGGAGUUAAGUUCCCUUAACGCUUAACUAUGAAUUAGCUCCAUCAACCCUUUUGCAAGAGUGCAUCGUCUUGAAGAUCAAAAGAACAACGAAGAUCAUUCCAUGAAUGCUUUGGUGCUUCAAAUUGUACAGCUUUAGUGAUAGGAGAUGAUUGACGGUAAUAGGAAAGAGAUUUAUUUAUAUAUUAUUGAAAAAGUUCAGUCAAUGAUUAUCUAUGUCUCUUCUGUUUCACUCUCUUCCCUAUUAAAUGUCAAACUUCUUACAAAUACUUUAUUCGGUGGUUUGAUGGCCAAUAGUCUGUAGGAACAACCAACGUUAGUCGCUCACGUGUAAAUAUCGUAUGUAAAAAGUUGGACAACUGGAAAGGAAGAGUUGUCAUUAAAUGAUCGAUUAAAAAAAAAUGUACAUAUCGUUUAGGCGUGUAAAGCGAUAGGGAGAGUCUUGUAUUACCAUGUCCAAAUAGUCAACGAAUUGUCUAAGUUCGUUUGAAACGAUGUUGCUCAUUUACACGACACAGUCUACGCAAUUCUUGUUAAGUUUUUCUUUUUCUUCUUUUAGUUCUUUUUCAGCCAUUCGGUUCUAACUUCGGAGGAGUAGUCGAAGUUAGAUCCGAAAGGGUGGGUCAAUAUUGACUAACAUGUCCUAUUCUUUACAAUUAACAUUAAGUUUCUAUCACUGGGACCAAAGGUGACAUCUUUUAUUUUACGUACUGUACAACGAAUUCAAAUGCAGCUAGGGUGUGUGUAUAACAAUGAACGAUAGUAGACCUUAUUAUUUUUCUUUCUUUUUUUUGUUUAUUUGUUGAGAACAAUCUGGUCAAUCAUAAUUUGUUUGAAACGUGUGUUAACGAAGCUUACUUUAUAAUUUGUGUGUGCAUACAACAACGAAUGAUUAUUAAACAAUCAGUUUCCGUUUUCUGCGUUUAUGAUUAUUCACUGUUAAGAAAGAACGAGGAAUUGUUUUGUUAGAAAACUUUGUCCAAAUAUUGUAACAAAGCUUCAAUGAUCGAAUAGAAAAUAUAUUGUCAAUUUUUCGUUGAUAAUAUUGUUUGAGCAAAACAGAUUACAAAAUUAUUAUCGUUAAUUAACCAGUUUGGAAGAUCCGAUUGUUUUAUAGAUCUUGAACGUGAAAAAAAAUUUUAUAGCAAAUGGUAAUCGCAGCGAAAGAACGUAUUAUUUACUGUAAAUACCUUACAAUGUGUUAAUACUGUAUUUAAUAUUAUUUUCCUUUUGCGUAAAAAUAUAUUACGACGACACAUUUA